AACAACAACAACAACAACAACAACAACAACAACAACAACAACAACAACAAGAGCAAGAGCAGGAGCAGGAGCAGGAGCAGAAGCAAGAGCAUCCGUGCCAAUUGCCUCAAGUAGCUCCUCCAACUCAAGCAGGAAGCGGCUCCACAACAAAGGAAAAGCGCUCACGCCGAUGGUCUCUGGCCGGUCGACUAUUCGACAGACGCAAGACCGCACCCGAGCCCUCCGAUAUACCAGUUCCUCUUCAGCCCCAAACCCUUGCCUCUACCACUGACAGUACCAUUCCUACCGCCGCCGUUAAUGAUAACAGUUUCGGCACCAUCCACAAUAUCAAUACCGAACAUAUUUAUCCCGGUUCGCAAGCGCAACAACAACAAGAUCCCGAGAUUCCUCAAGGUGUUUCUCCUGCCACAACAAACAGCACAGCGAUGAAUGUCCGCCGCUCCAGUUUAGUCGACAUCCCCAAGGCGUUGUUAUCCUCGCUCCGUCGAGCGUCUCUCUCGACCAUCCCCGAACCCAGGCAACUUGAAGACAGCACCGAUGAAGCGGAGGAAUAUGAAGACAACAGCAAUGUUGAGGACGGUGAGAUCCUGAUGGCAACGGUGAUGACCUCGAAUGGACUCUGUCAAGCCAUCAUGGCCGUCCCUAAGCAACCGCCAGGCCCAUCCGGUCCCCAAAACUAUGCAGCGCCACUCAAGAGUAUCAUGAAGAAGCAGUUCUUGUCAGUGGUACCGCCUAGCAUCAACAAUGACGAAGACUUACCAUUACCAGCGCCAGCGCCAGUACCAGCACCAGCGACAUCCCUUGACGCCGGAGCAUCUCAAUCUCCCACAAGCAAAGGAGCCCAUUUGUUCGAAUCCUCGGAUAUCCACCCAUUGGCGACGCCGGACAAGAAUGACAUGAAUCUAGACUGCCUCACGCCCACAGACCGCCGUGCGCGACUCAUCAUCAACUCACCGGUCCCGAGUCCUCUUCAACAGCAAUUGCAGCGCACGCACCUGGCACCCAUCCCUCCGAAGUUGAGCACUUCGCCUGUGGGAAGAUAUAGCUCACCACAAGGAGUGGCCAUCCCUCCAGAUUUUACGCCUGGUGUACAAUCGAACAACAACGCAUACGCGGAUCGGGGAGGCGAGCGGGUGCAGGGCCUGGUCAGCGAUUUGCAUAGGCAGGGUAGCAGAGGUAACGGUUUUUCACAGAUUCAGGAACAACAGUCGUCGAACGCACCGUCAGGCAACCACAGAGGCGGUGGAAGUGGAUAUGUCAGUGCGCGAGCUCAGGAUCUCUCGAGGCAGUACUAUUCUUCGAAUGGUCCGUUCCGAUCGCACUACUAUGGAGAUAUCAACCAGCAGGAUAGCUCAGGCGGCAUGCGAGGAUCAUUGCAAAAGAACGACGUGCCUGAAGCAGCUGCUACGAUCGCAUUUCUUGGGCAAGACGCGUUUGACAACAAUUUACAUGGCCGUAUUCUCCCGGGAAUAAGCAACUACGACGCUGACGAGAGGAUGGGAGGAUCGCUGGAAAGUAUGAAACACGAGUAUGGCUAUGGUUAUUGUUAUGGUAAGCCGCGCAAAGCCAUUAGCUUCACGGAUACGAUCGAGAUCAUCCCGGCAUACCGUAAGGGGGAAUACAACCGACGGUCUGAUAAAAAUGCGACGUUCAAGAUACUGACGCCGGAUCUGAAGAAUGAGAUUAGGGACGAGUUGAAUAGUUUCAAGAUGAGAGAGAUGGCGGUGCAUGUUCAGAGCAUGGGGAACACGGCGUUUCAUUAGUGAGGGAGCAGAUAGUCCGGGAAUUAUUAGUUAAUAUUGUCUUCCUAUCUUUCUCUAUUAAAAACGU